AUGAUUUUUUCUGGAUCACUGAGCCUGUUGGUCAUUACAUAGGAAGAAGUCUGGUCUGGCUACCAUCAUGACGAGCAAGACCGAGAAGUUUCAGCUACACGUUCCCAGUCUGGAAGAGUUACGUGAAGUGUUGGAGAAUGGUCUGAAGCAAAAUUUUGCUGAUGCAAAAGUUUCUGUCACCGACUGCCCAGACCUUACCCAGGCACCAUUCACAUUUCCUGUGAAAGGUUUGUGUGGUAAACCAAGGAUUACAGAUGUCGGAGGUGUGCCUUAUCUUAUUCCAUUGGUUAAACCGGAUAAGAUCUAUAACAUGAACACAGUGUCUAAAGAGGUGGAGCUGCCUGGUGCUUUCAUCCUGGGAGCUGGCGCUGUCUCCUCAAAAACAGCUGGGAUGAAUGCUGAGCUAAUGCCCCUGGUGCUAACUGAAUCUGAAGGGAAGCCUGCUGUCAAUGCCAGCUACUUUUCCUCCAUCAACCCAGUGGAUGGCAAGUGUUUACAGGAAAAGUACAGCGACAAGUUCCAUGAUUGUGACUUUGGACUUCUGGCUAAUCUGUAUGCAUGUGAGGGAAACCCUGGGAAGGUCUUAGAGGUGAAAGCCAGCAAGAGGACCGGACAGGACAGUCUUGUGACGUGCAUGAGAAAAACAAUGGAAGAGCGCUAUCCUGAUAAAAGCUUGGCCCUGGGUGGAACCUUCAUCAUCCAGAAAGGGAAAGCCAAGAUCCAUAUCAUGCCACGGGAGUUCUCGGCGUGUCCUUUGCAAACUGAAGAAGAUGUGAACAGCUGGCUAAAGCACUUUGAGGUCAGCGCUCCACUGAUCUGCCAGUCAGUGAUGGUGUCCAGGGACCCAGGUUUGGACCUUCGUGUGGAGCACACACACGGCUUUAGUCACCACGGAGAGGGUGGACAUUAUUACAUCGACACCACCCCAGAUAUCGUGGAAUAUCAGGGGUACUUCCUGCCUGCAGAGUACGUCUACCGCAUUGACAGGCCCCUGGAAACUCACAAGAUUGGCAGAGAUUGAACAUGAGAUGUUUUGCCGUCUUUGGUCUUCUGAUUUUCAUCAGUUGAACUUCAACUGUUAUAACUUUCACCUUGGUAUAGAUGAGUGUUGUUUAUACCUUUUGGAGUUGAAAAAUAAAUAAAUGAUGAAUUGACAAGUCAAUAGCAAACUGGGUAUGAAAUGAACAACUGAUAAAGAAGUUUUUCAGCACUUUAAAAAAAUACUUUUGUAUGAUUCGAUUAUCUUUGAUGAAGAAGGUAAUUUCAAAUAAAACAAACAACCUUGA